GUCUUGUCUUCUGCUGUGGUGCAGGUUUAGGAGGUGAAGUUAUAUCUAAGAAUUCGCAAAAUUCAGUAUUAUAUCUAGUUUCAGUUAGUGAAUCAAUUUAAAACACAGAAAUGGCACCCCCAUUCUACGCUGAUCUUGGAAAGAAGGCCAAUGAUGUAUUCAGCAAAGGCUACCACUUUGGUGUGUUCAAACUUGACUUAAAAACCAAAAGCGAGUCAGGUGUAGAAUUCACCAGUGGUAUCACCUCCAAUCAGGAGAGUGGCAAGGUCUUUGGUAGCCUCUCAUCCAAAUAUUCAGUGAAGGACUAUGGCCUAACUUUCACAGAAAAAUGGAACACAGAUAAUACACUCGCCACUGACAUCACUAUCCAAGACAAGAUUGCAGCUGGCAUGAAAGUUACUCUUGAGGGUACCUUUGCACCACAGACUGGGAGCAAGACUGGCAAACUGAAGACCUCUUUUGCCAAUGAUACUGUAGCCGUUAAUACUAAUCUGGAUUUAGAUAUGGCUGGACCCAUUGUGGAUGUAGCAGCUGUUCUCAAGUACCAAGGCUGGCUUGCUGGUACUAACACUCAAUUUGAUACACAGAAGGGCAAAAUUAGCAAGAACAACUUUGCUUUUGGUUACCAGACAAGUGAUUUCGCCCUGCACACAAAUGUUGACAAUGGAAAGGACUUUGGUGGUUCUAUAUACCAGAAGGUGUCAGACAAGAUUGACUGUGGUGUUAGCAUGAAAUGGUCUGCAGGUUCUGCUGACACACUCUUUGGAGUUGGUGCCAAGUUUGCACUUGACCAAGAUGCAUCUUUGCAUGCUAAGAUAAACAACAAGUCUCUUAUUGGACUUGGCUACCAACAAAGACUGCGCCCAGGUGUAACCCUAACUCUGUCUGCGGCCAUCGAUGGUCAAAACUUUAAUGCAGGUGGCCACAAGGUCGGCAUUGCAUUUGAUCUUGAACCCUAGGCAUUUACUAAAGCCAAUGGCGUUUUAGUCUUGUAGAUAAUAUAUAAUGCCGCAUACACUAUUAUAUGUAAUGAAAAAAGGAAGCAUAUAAGCAAAAUCAAUUCAAGCAUCUCGGUGUCCUAUGAAUGUUUGAAAGCGUAUGAUGCAGCAAUAUAAUUGUGCAAAUAAAUAGCCAAGGAAUAGUUAUUAAAGCGCCGUCGAAUAUUUACAUAUCAACGGCGGACGCUAAGCUUCCCCUUAAUUUUUUUUUAAUUUCUAAACGUGUUGCAAAGCAUCCUGUCGCUGAAUGAUUUUAUUAAAUUUAAAUAUUCACUACUAUGUCAGUAUACUGCCUUGUAAAUAAGCACCUAUGGUGUGUUCUUUAUUGAAUGAUUGAGAAUAAAAAUAGUCUGUUGGAAUC